AUGUCCAUCGACGUCGAGCCUCUCGAGCUGAACUUUCGGCGCCCCUUUACCGUCGAGGUGUCGCAGACUCUCACCAUCAGAAAUACCAGCGCCGCGCCAUUGGCUUUCAAGGUGAAAACAACGGCUCCCAGGCAAUACUGCGUCCGACCCAAUGCCGGCCGUAUCGAGCCUGGCUCGUCUUUCGACGUCUCUGUGCUCCUCCAGGCCAUGAAGACCGACCCCACGCCCGACGCGAAAUGCCGUGACAAGUUCCUCGUCCAGUCCGCCCCUAUCACUGGAGAUAAAGAAUUCACUAGCAUUGCUGAAGUGCUCGACAACACGGAUAAGAACCUGAAGCAGGAGAGAAAGAUUCGCGUAAACUGGCUUCCAGCGCACGGCGAAGCCGACUCAAACGCUGCUAUCGUGACACCCAGCAAGAAGCUCAUUAACGGCAACGCCGAGACGCCAGAUGUUUCGCACAACUUCUCCUCGCCCAGUGCUGGCGCUCCUCCACCGUACGAAGAUGACGCUUCCGCUGUCGAUGCCGACGAAAAGGCCCCGAUAGACACCCCCGCUGCCCUUGCUAGCCGUGCCAUCCCCGCCGUCAAGGAGGCCGGCAGCGAGACCCUGGAGGCGGUCAAAGCCAAGCUGGCCGCCGCGCAAGCAGAGAUUGCCAAGUUCAGUGACAGCGGCCUCCGCCAGCGCAACGUCAAGAGCGGCCAGAGCGAGAAGGUACCUGCAGGCGAGUUGGCGCAGGCGUCUAAGCAGAGCGCCGACGGCGUCUCGGUGCAGGUUGUCGCUAUCCUGUGCCUCUUGAGCUUUCUCCUGGCAUAUUUCUUCUUUUAA